UAAGCAAGACGAGAACAUUUUAUAGCCUAAUUGGAGCUUUAUAAUAUUGGUUUGAAAAUCUGCUCAAUUCGUUUCUUCAAACAGAUGGAGACGACAAUGCAACAACUUCAGAGCAGGUUUCAGAACUUAUCUGACCAGAUCAUCUCCAAAAUGGAUGAGAUGGGAACACGUAUAGAUGACCUGGAGAACAAUGUCGCUGAUCUCAUGACACAAGCAGGAAUGGAAGAUCAUCACAAAUCAAAUGACUUUGAAGAGAGAACAAGCUGGCCAAAGCACUGAGCUGAAAUGUUCCAAAUCGACGUUACUUAAUUCAUGAAAACAAAAUUAAAUAUUAUGAGCACUGUGUAAAUCAAAAUAAUUUUUCAUCAGUGGACUGAAAAUGACAAAAAAAGUUUCUUCUCUGCUACUAAAGGGGUUAAAUGUGGAUAUGCCCUCACAUAUGUACGAGGAAGUCCUUAUAUGCGAACAAUGAAUGAGAGUGAAAAGUUGAGAAGUUAUAGAAUCCUUUUAUUCUGAUGGAUAUAAAGCUGGCCAAAGAACUGAGUGGAAAUGUUGCAGAAGCUUGAGAUCAACAGUAUAUUUGUGUAUUAAGCUAUGCGUGUAUUGUUCAGAUGUGCCUUAUUUUCUAUUUCUUUAAGCUUAUACGUGUGAUGUGGAUCUUGUACAUAAAACAAUAAAUAAACAUGUUUA